UGUUAAAAUUACAGCAGACAAAUAAAAUAAAUAAAAAGCAAAAAUACACUGGAUGUGUAAAUAAAACAGAUACAGGAAUUGAACUGAAAUUAAAACUCAAACAAUACUGUAAUUUUUCAUGUCCAGGAGCUCAAAGUAAUAAGCUGUUCUGGAAACAGCAUAAAAACAUCUGAAGAAAGGUCAGCAACAGAGAAUUGCAAAACAUGUAUUAUAAUCUAUGUUAUUAAAUUUUAUGCUAUUUCAUUACAUUUCACAUCAUGGUAAAGUUACUUCUUUUUUAAUGUGUGCAAGUGGUUUUAUGGUGUUCUUAGUAUAUUUUAAUUAUAAGUAUAUCUUUACAACUUCAAUUGCACCAAGCAGGAGGAACACACCUAAACCCAUUGUAUUCUGAAUACAAUGACAGCAAAGGCUUUCAGUUCUGUACUAAACAUUGUUUCCCAGGCUGUGGGACACCUUGCAUUGUCAAUAUUAAUGACACUUGGUACAGAUGUGGAAAAGAAAACAUAACAAAGUAAAUGUUAUAAAAACUCAGAUUUUUAUGUCUAGGUGUCAACAAUUUGCUCUUAAAUGUGUCCCUUUUUACCAUUUUUCUGAUAUUGUGGGAAUUAAGUAUGAACCAACCAAAUGCAAAAGGGACACUUUCAUAAGUAAAUAAUAGCUCAAAUAAUAUAACAAGACAAUUGUGUCCUGUAAAACCUUUACACCAACAGUGAUUAUUAACUGCGGGAAUGGGUAAUUCUUAUAAGUAAUUUCUGUAAACUGGUAGGUGGAAAUCUGUUCUGAAUAUGGAGUCAGAUUUUCACAUCUUGUGCCUGUUUUACCCUCAUAACAGGCAGCUCAUAAACAAACAGCACAUUACCAGACACAGCAUUACUCUUAAAAGUGCAUACUAAAAUUAAAAUUAAACAAAUACAACUCCAUUAAAUUACCUGUUACAUGGAUUAUUAAAUUGCCUUCAUUAUCUCUCAUUUUGCCACUUUCACACUAAUUUAUGUAGAGUUAUAACUGGACCAAAGGUUUAGAAGCCGACUCGACUUUUAGGUAAUUAAUUCAGAGACAGUGUUUUUACUCUCAUUAAGUGUGGCGUUAUUUAGCAGGUUUAUUUUGAGCAAAAAGAUGGCUGGAGAAGCAGUGACAACAACAAACACAGGGCCUCAUGUUGAAACAAUGAAACCAGCUGUGUCAGAAGGAGUAUAAGUCAGUGUGAAAAGGAUGCUAUUCAAAACUGUUAACAGGAUAUCACCAUCAGGAAAGCCUGUGUAGCACGGAAAUAAUGAGAACAUAGGCCUUAAAACGGACAUUAUGCCAGUGUUAGCAGUGUCUCUACUGCCAUCUAGUGGCUGGCUGAUCACAGAACAACUUAUAAAAACCAAACACAUUUUUUGUCAGCUUAAAACUUAAAACAUUAUAUAACAUAUAAUGUAAUAUUUUAUAUAUUAUAUAAUUUAUUAUAUAUUUUAUAAUAUAUAGUUUAAUAUGUCACUUUUAGUUCUUAUUAGAGUUUUUCCAUUUCUGUAGUAUCCCACUAUAGUUAGUUUGGCAUAUGCUAAUGAGCUUCAAACUACUCCUCCCUGACUUCAUCCUCCGCCUCAUUCUGCCCACUCAAACUCAAAGAGAUGAGAACAUAGUAGCAAGCAACAAUGUCUGUAACAAAGUGUCCUAGUGUCCUCGUGCUGUUAUUUCAUUUUUUUUGCAUAACCAGCUCUGUGUGUGUGGUGUGUAUUUAGUAUGCACUAUUACACUGCUGCCCUCCUACAUCUCUGUGUACGAGAUCUAGUGAGACAAACUGGUCAGUCACAACAGAAGAAAGACAUCAACUACUUGCAUCAUAUGGCUACUCUCCAUCACUAGAAACACGCAAAUGAUUAACAAACCAUCACAUCGUCUGUGGACAACAGAUUAAACAUACCUAUUGGAAGAAAAAGAAAGGACACCGAGGAGAAGAAGUGCCUUUGAGGCAACUGCUGUUGUUAUUCAGAGCUGUAUAAAUAAAAUUUCAUUGAACUGAACUGAAUUGAAGGGACCCAUACAAACAGCUUAAAAUCCCUUGAAAUGACUGGAAUAUAGUGGAGAAGAAAAAAAAAAAAACUGAACCAGGGUAUUUCAAAGAAAAGAUCCAUUUUGGGUAUUUUUUUUAAGUUUCAUAAGCAACAAUGGCAUCAACAGGUCUUCAGCUGAUGGGCUUGGUGCUGGCUCUGCUGGGUUGGGUUUGCGGGGCGCUGGUGUGUGCUGCUCCUCUGUGGCGCGUAUCUGCAUUCGUUGGUGGAGAGCUAGUCAUUGCCCAGGUGUUGUGGGAAGGACUGUGGAUGAACUGUCUGUCUCAAACUACAGGACAGAUCCAGUGCAAGACCUAUGACUCCACCCUGGCACUGCCUAUGUUUACCCAAGCGGCCCGGAGCCUCACAGUUCUGUCUUUACUUCUCUGUCUUCUGGCCAUCAUCCUCGGGGUGUCAGGAGCCAAGUGUACUCACUGCAUGGGAGACAAUAACCAGGACACCAAGGCAAGACUGGGAAGGAUAGCAGGGGUGCUCUUCAUUGUGGCGGGCCUUGCCUACUUGAUACCCAUCUGUGGGACUGCCUAUGCAAUCAUCAGGGACUUCUAUGAUCCAAAUAUUGCUGCACCUUUGAAAAGAGAACUGGGGCCAGCAUUGUACCUGGGUUGGGGGGCCAGCAUACUGCUCCUGGUGGGGGGAUCUCUGCUGCAUGUCGGCUCUCCUCCACCAGGAGCAAGAGCUAUGCCCAUUGUCGGAAGACCAGCAAAAGACAGCCAACAAACAGUAGCAACAGGAGAGGUGAAGCAACAGGAGAAAUCUUUUGUAUGAAGAUACAGAGGUCACAACUUCAUCAUUUAAGUUUCUGGAAACUGCAAGGUCAUUAUCUACAAGAGGAUAUUCAGAACGUAAUAGGUUUCAUAGUAUUAUAAAGUUAAGUUUGUUUUGUUGAAUUGUGUUUAUUUAAUAAGGUGGUAUAAUAAGGUGGAAGGUGGCAUGGGUGCAGUGGUUAAUGCUAUUGUCUCAUGGCAGGAAGGGUCCAGUUAAAAACAAGGGGGCACAGUGUCUAAAGACAUGUUUGUUAGGUUACCCUAACCCUUUAAAGCCAAGUGUAUUGUAUUUGAUACAUGUGUUUUUGUGAGUUUUUGAGACUUCUACAUCAUCAGCAUUUUUUUUUUACCUUAAAAAAUGAUAUAAAUUGCAUGACAAAUUUUUAAUGACUAAAUUGCAAAAUAUAUGGCUUAUGUAGCAAAUGUGAUACAAAUUAAAACUCAUAUAUGCAGAUUAAAAUUUAAUAUAUUGUUAUAUAUAUUUUGUCUAAAGGUUCAACAAACACUCCAUUUAAAAAAAUUUAAGAUUUCUGGCAGUUAUUUCAUGGUUCAGGUUUUAAAGGACUAAUUCAUCCUAAUUUGGACAAGCGGCUAAGGAAAUGGAUGGAUGGACUUUUUGAAAGAGUAGAAAGUGAAAUGAGUUGUGGGUGGAUUGCAGAUGUUUACUAAUGCAUGUGACUUACAUUUGUCAGAUUCCACUCUGCCUCUGCUUGUGUUUGUGCGUGUGUGUGUGGGCUGUCUGUGUACAGAAGGCCAGUGUACAUAUUGCAGCCUGUGUGUGCACUGAAAUUAUGUGUGGGCAGUUGGAGCAAUGCCAUUUACUUUUAACACACACACAAAAAAUUAUUAAAUUUCAUUUUCUGCUAUUAUCAGACAUACAUUUUAUACCCUGAUAACACUUGGGACUUUUUCCACUAGUAAUCAUUAUUGAUCUAAAUGUUCUUUCCAAUAAAGAACAUAGUUAGUUCUAGUUUAGUAAGAUAAAAUAAAUCAACUUUUACUUUUGUUUUUUUCUGAUUGUGUUUUAAUACUGCAGUGUUUUCAGUGAAUGCAAUGAAUAUAAUACACUAUAUACGAUACAAUAUACUUUACUAAUAAUUUUUUAUUCCUAUUGUUUUUAAUUAAUUGUUUUCUUUGGAUUGUAAUGACCUAUGCACAACAAUAAAUGUGUUUGCCAUCACAACAACUGGUUAUCCUGUUCAUAUUUGAUGUCUAAUGAAACUGAGUAAACAUGUAUUGAAUAUAACUAUUUCCAGUGCUCUUUAUUCUCAAGAUUUUAACACACUUUGUACACUUAUUAAUCUAAUAAAACAUUUCCAAGCUGGGUUUGCUUUUUAAAAAAAUGGACUCAAGAGCAACACACAUUCUCGGUGAAGGACAGCUGCAAUGAUAUGUUAAUGAUUACCUCACUUGUCACCAAUUAUGAACACAGCUCCCUUUACUUAUUUUCUAGAGUAAAAUUUGUCCUUUUCAGUUUGAACCUGAGCAAUAUGCAGAAUCUAAAUGAUCGCUUAAGCAUUAGGUUCACAUUGUUCUGGUUAACCGUUUACUGCAUAUUUGUUCUACCACAUAUGUGUUUGUUACCAGAGAGAGUAUGAGUAACAGCAGAAUAAGAGAAGGAGCAUUGUUAAAUCACAUCAUUUGCAGAUCUGAAGUAAUUGGAAAUCAGCACUAAUAAAAACUAAAACCCCAAGUUCACUUAACCACAAUUUUACUUAAAUGAACAGUAAGUCAACCCCAGCUGCAUCUUAAAGCACUUUGAGUAGUAACAACACACAAAAAACACAAGGGGGCAGUAAACUGUACGGAAACAAUACACUCUUCCAACAAGAACCUUUAACUAUUGGUUUUGGGACCGGUUUGGGUGUCAUUAUUGAGUUCUCAUUCUAUUUGCUGAAUUUACUUCAUGAUCUCACGCCAUGUGCUUGUAACACCUGCUUAGUAUAGUAAGGUUAGGCUUAUAGACUAGAUUCGAGAGGAGUAAAAUAAAUUUGAGAGAACAGUGUUGAACAGCUGGCAGAUUUAUUACAAUGUUACAAUGGUGCAAUAACCCAAUGUAAACAACAUAGAAAAUUAACAGAAGAUCAACAGAGAAGUGCGCUCUUUUGAAAAUAACAACCAAAAUAAAAUAAAAUAAAAUGAGCAGUCUCUUUAGACCUGACUCCUGAUGAGCAGGAUAUUGUGAGUUCAAUAGUUUUUCAGAGAAACGAUCCGUAUGGAGUAAGUAGUUUUUGCUCUUGCUUAUCUGAAAUCCUGCGAUUUGAAGUAAUUCACAUCUGUAGAUCUACUCCUGCAUCCAGAACAGCUGGCCACACUGCUUUUGGAUUCGGCAAAGAGUUUUCACAGGGUCUGGCUCGCCAUCCAUA